AUGAAACGAAUACAAAGGUAUCCAAACAUACUGUUAAAACUAUCUCUUCGAAUAAAUAGUUUGGAAGUGAUUAAAGAUGGUAUUUUUUCCAACAACACACUUCUUAGAUCGUUGGAUCUUUCAUUCAAUAACAUUAAAUCAAUUUCAUCAUCUUCUUUCAUCGGAUUAGAAAAGUUGAAAGAACUAGACCUUCAACAUAACAAUUUGAGUAAGAUUAGUUUUGCGUACCAAUGGUGUAUCAGGUUACAAAACUUAAUCUCUCUGAAUUUGAAAGGAAAUUUUUAUGAUGAAUAUCAGCCAGAUAUAUCAUAUUUGGAGCAAUUGGAGACAUUGAAAAUGGAUUUUGUGUUUAACAAAACAGCAAUACUGAGUAAACAGUUUACAAAUCUCAAACGCCUGCAGCUUCUGGAUUUUUCGGGGUUUACAGGACAUUGUUCAGUACCAAUUUUAACACCCAACACAUGCCAGACUGUACCACACGUUCAACAUUUAAACUUAUCUAUGUGCAAAAUAAAAUCCUUACAGAUAGAGACUUUUCAAGGAAUGAAAAAUAUGACCUCCCUUGAUUUAUCAGGAAAUACAUGCUUAAAAUUUCAGGUUUUGGAAAAUGUAACAGCCGACCUUCAGUUUUCCGCAAUCAAAAUUUUGAAAGUGAACAAAAUCCAUAAAGUGUUUGAUAUGAAUACAUAUUUGCAUACUAACCAUAUAAAGCAUUUGAAAAACACAUCCCUUCAAGAGUUUCAUAUGGACAGCAACCGUCUACAACAAAUAGAACCUGGUGCUUUGAGAUUCCUACCCAAAUCAUUGAUCCAUCUAUCAGUAAGAGACAACAUGUUUUCCUUAGGACCAUACCUGAAUGACUUGUUGGCCUUAUCAGUAAAAUCUGUUGAUGCAUCCGGCAUGAAUUCAUUCCACAAGGAAGAUAGUAACCCAGAAAAAUGCAACUUAGACCUUGUUUGUACUUGGCACACUGAUGUUAGACUUGACGAAUAUUCUGAUCCUCAAUUUAAACAUUUGUGGUUUCGGGGAGGAACAAAUGAACAAGGUGGUUUUGGAAGAACUUUCAUACCUAUACCCUACAACCUUACAAAAUUGAAUUACCGUUCUUGUGGCUCACAAUAUAAUAUAACGGAAGUGGAGCUAUCUAAUAAUAAACUAGAAAAUGUUGAUCUGAGUAACAACCUUUUGACACGUUGGAUUGGCCCCUUAAGAAAUGUAAAGAGUUUGAGAUACUUAGAUCUUUCUUCAAAUAUGUGCUCCUAUCUUUCGACGUUCUUCUUCGGUCCAGAUUUCAUUGUUUUAGACCACCUGUCAUUAAGUAAUAAUUUACUGGGACUUAUCUUACCAUCUGAUAUUCAUGGAAACACAUUCCAACACUUGUUAAAUUUAAAGAAACUUGAUUUAUCUCAAAACAGAAUAUGCAAUUUACCGCACCAGAUUUUUAAGUCUCAAAGAAAAAUGGAAUUUUUAGAUCUAAGUGACAAUUGUAUCGAAUAUAUUGACUUUCAAUUAUCACAUUUGAUAAAGCUGUCAUCCCUAAAUUUAAGAAAUAACUUAAUAGCAUUUAUCGAUAACCAUGCGAUUAUCCAGAUUAAUUCCAUAGUUGUCAAGAGAAAAAACCUUUCUAUCAACCUGUCGGGGAACAAACUAAUUUGCACAUGUGAAUCGCAAAAAUUUAUAGAUUGGAUGGGAAGUACAAGUGUACAUAUUGUUAAUAAAACUCAUUACUUUUGUCAAUUAUCAAAGGGAGAACGUGUCCUGAUGAUCAAUUUACCAGAACUGUUCACAACAUUAGAAAAGGAAUGCACAUCCUAUGUAAUUCUCACUUCGGGACUAAUUGUUUCGCUGUUAUUGUUUAUCAUUGUUCUUAUCAUGGGUGUGUGUUACCGAUUCCGAUGGAAGCUGAGAUACUGUUACUACAUGGUGAAAAUUAGAUCUCGAAGUAAGAUACCACAAAUUGACGAAGAUGCAAAUGAAUAUAUGUAUGACGCCUUUGUGUCUUAUGCAGAUGACGAUCGAUCGUUUGUUCAUACACAAUUACUUCACACACUUGAAAAAGAAAAUGGCAUUCGCCUAUGCUUACAUAAGAGAAACUUUUUACCCGGAAAUGAUAUCGCGACUAACAUUACUUCCGCUAUUCACAAUAGUCGUAAAACUGUUGUCAUUAUGACUUACCAUUACCUAAAAUCGUACUGGUGUAUGUUUGAGUUUAAUAUGGCGAGAAUGGAGAGUAUCUACGAACGCAAUAACGAAAAUGUACUUUUCCUUGUAGUCUUUGAACAAAUAUCUGCUCGUGAUUUUCCUUUGCAUAUUUUAGAAGUCGUUCAAUCCCAAUCGUACAUAGAAUUCCCAAACGAUGAGCAAGGGGAUGUAGUAUUUUGGCGGCAACUUGUUAAAGCAUUGAGAUAA